AUAUAAAGCAGAUAAGAUCAGUAAGAUUAUUAUCUUCGACACGAUCAGCCGCUGAUAAAUCAACCAGCAAAUCAAGAUCUGAUCAUCGACCGACCACAGAACCAAACAUGAAGCCGUACUGCAUCUUCAUCGCCUGUCUUGUGCUCUUCACUUUCUGCUCUCUGGCUCGCAGUGAAUACAGCCACGGUCCUGAUAAGUGCUGCUUUUCUUUUUCCAAUGUAAGAAUCCCAGUAAAGCAGGUUGAGAGUUAUCACAUCACACAUUAUCAGUGCCACAAUCGUGGAAUCAUUUUCAUCACAAAAGCUCACAAGGAGAUCUGUGCUGACCCGACAGAGAAAUGGGUUCAGGGACUGAAGAAUUUGGUGAAAGCUCGCACCAGUAAAGAAAAUGCGUCAGAGAUCAGCUCUGGGGACAGUGUCUAAGAUGUGAAUGCGCUUCUUUUUUAAAACUAUUACACUGAACAGUUUCUAAACUGCACCUUAACAAUACUGUUAAUCAAUUAUGAAGAUUGUGAUAUAUAUUCAAAGCAUAUUUAAGCUAAAAUUGUAAUAUGAAUCUGUUUGAAUUUUAACAUUACUAUACACAAAUAAAGAAUACUGAGAAACA